AGUUAGCUGGCAAUAACUGUUGCCUCCGCGCGUGUUUCUUCUUUUAUUUGUUUUGAAAAAGUAAAUGUUUAUAAAGGCUCAAAUUUAACCAUUCAAGCAACACAAAUUCUCUCGCCCAGAAAUGUUGCGUUUCAUCAGCUUUUUUUGCGUCAGCUUAGCUGCUUUGUUUUCCCCAACUGAGGCUAAAUAUGUGCCUGGUAUUUCCUAUAUUGACGACGUGCAACUCUCUUACAAUAAUGGGACUUUGCAAUGUGACCGCUUGACUUGUCUAAAUAACGUCUAUGGAUGCAAGAUUUCGAUUCGAAACAACCCCAGCAACAAGGACGAAUUGAUUCGCACGAGCAAAUGCUAUUUGAAAGGUGGCACCAUUACUCAGCAGGUAUCAGAACCACAAUAUAUGGCGAAGCCGAAGACUGUUGAAAUUGACAUCGACUCGUAUGUGGAUGCCAAGUCACUAUAUACUACCAGCUACAGCUUGAGUUAUCAAGAAGUGAAAGGCACCAUAGAUCCAAAAGGCUGGGCUUCGGUGCAGAAGAUUACCAGAGAAAAUAUGAAGGCUGUCGAUGAGUCCAUGGGUCAGUUGAAGGACUGACCUGAAAAAUGUUAACCGUUUUCAUAUAUGUAAAUAUGUAAUGAAAAAAUUGUAUUUUAUUUUGAGGCGGAAAUAAAAUAAGUACUUACUUA